CUCAUCACAUGAUUCUUCUCUUGUGACAAUCCAGACAGAAAGGAAAAGCCUUUCUGAGUUCCAGCUGUGUUAAACGGCGCUGUGAUGACAGAUUCCUGUUGUUUUGGUACCAAAGGACCAACUGCGAGGAGGGAAAUGGAGUUAAGUUAACCAUUACCAGACCAUUCCUGCCAUUUAAGUGGACAUUUGGUAAAUAUUUGGGGUUGUUGCGCCAUCGGGGACAAAGUUGGCGCAUGGAGAGGGAAGAAGUUUCAUUUUUGCGCAGCGUCUUUUCCUUGUUUUUGUCGCAACUACGUGUCAACCAACGUCUCACAGCUUUUCGGACAAUAAAAGCGAAGUAACCGGAGUUCCGUUUUGGCCAUUUCUGUUGCUGGAGAUUUAAGUUAAGGACAGAGAGAACGAGACAACUUGAGGACGCAUCACGUUGGGUGAGAUGGUGGACAGCAAACCUCUUCUUCAGGACAGACCUCCCGCCUACCACGCCGUCCCAGGGACUUAUGAGUACGGCCCGCCGCAGCACAGCUAUGGGGCCAUUCCCGCGCCGGCCCCGCCGCCCUACCAGUACCCGCACGGUCAAGGAUACCCAGCAGCUCAAAUGGGCCCUGCCAUAGCCCAGCAGCCCUACCCUGGGACGUACACCAUCAUACAACCGUCUGUAGUGGUGGUGGGAGGCUGCCCUGCCUGCAGAGUUGGUGUCCUGGAGGAUGACUUCACUUGCCUGGGGAUCAUGUGUGCCAUCUUCUUCUUCCCCCUGGGUCUCCUCUUCUGCUUCGCACUGCGUCAGAGAAGGUGUCCCAACUGUGGCGCCACCUUUGGCUAGCGGGACCAAACCACGUGGACCUGCUCGUGCGCCCAUACAUACGACACACACGUGAUCCAGCAUUUCUGUGUCUGUGACUUUCUUUUCUUCAUAUGGCAUAUUUGCUGUUUUGUUCUGUACAAGAAAUGAUCAAGAAGAUAUUACCAUGACUUAUGUUUUAUUACAGGCACAUGUAGAAAUCUAUUUUCAUGUAGUUGAGGAUAUAUUCUAGCAUAUGUAAGUGUCCAGCUGUUGUCAGUGCCUUCACUACAUGCUGAGUGAUCAUCAGAGAUUCCACCAGUCAUGAUUUCUCCUGUAGAUUUAGCUCAGUUAUCCAAGGAUCUGAGCAGAUUCCUUUGUUUAUUCAAGAAAAAACAUUAACUGAGACACUUGUGCUUGAGUUUUUUCUUUUGCUGGCACACUGCAUACACAUGUGCUUUGUAACAUUGUACUCAACACAGCAUCCAUGUAGAUCACUGAUGUAUCAGCUUUUUCCAGAAAUGUAAAUGAAAUGUUUGUUUUUGGCUCAGUGUGUCACAGGGAAUAACACAAAUAUCUUUACAAAAAAACUUGUAAAGAUCCUUCGACGUGAACUGUCCCGGCUGAAACAAUGGACUUGUCUCAGACAGAAAGCCUGCACCAUUUUGUCUUUUUAGUUGAUAUUAUUUCUUGGGGCCAUAUUUGCACUGACUGUUUUUUUGAUGAUUAUUCUGCUGGGUUGGGCUUUUCCAGGGCCAAUGCAGACCUCAGGUACAUACAAUCUGAAACGCCCUCGACUUUACAACCUCAAUCACUGUUUGACUUUUACCUACUUUAAAAGGACUCUUUUGUCAAAGACUUCUCCUUUAAUAUGCAGAGUUUCAUUCAAGGAAGCAUGCUGAGAGUAAUAGCUGAAGACUUCUCUCAAUGUGUAUAAUCUCUGGAUUUUUAUCUUAGUACUCUGUGACAAGUCACCCUGCCCCAUUCCUCCCAACCAGACAAUCAAUCGAGACUGUCCCUGUAUCUGCAGUAUGUCCAUGUCUACGUCUUCCAUCGCAGCAAGAUGUUAUAUAACUCUCCAUGGCAGAAGAAAAAGAGAUAGAACUAGGUGGGAGUGAUUUAAAAUAAAUCAUCUUGCUUUAGAAAACAUACUACGCACGCUCUUAUGAUUGAGGUUCUUACUUUUUAUAUAUGAGUUACUGUAAUUAAAAAAAUGAAUGCUACAUGUCUGA